UGCGAAUCCGGAAAUGAAAAGUAAAACGGGGGAAGUUAAUCGUGGAUGCACCUACAUGUGGAGCCGACAAACUGCGCAGGCGCCGUUCUAUCAAAACACGAAAAUAAAGAGGCAAUUGCAAGACGAUAUUAAAAAGAAACGAUGGCUUAUCGAAGGUGCAGUGGCUACAGCUGAAUCUCAGCGACAGCACAGUGAGUGAUGAAAGAUGGACAGCGUAACCAUGUCAGCUUCAGAUGGGACAGGAGAGUGUCCUCUGGUUUCUGAGGACAUGGAGGGGAUCUGUGUAAUGCCCGAUUUAAAUGCCAUCAAGACUGAGCAGUCGGUAGGUGGAAGCCCAGAUGAUACAGGCACCCAAAAUGUGGCCAUGGGCAUCAAGUUCAUCCUGCCCAACCGCUUUGACAUGAAUGUAUGCUCAAGAUUUGUCAAAUCGCUCAAUGAAGAGGACAGCAAGAACAUCCAGGACCAGGUGAACUCUGAUCUGGAGGUGGCUUCUGUUCUAUUCAAAGCUGAGUGCAAUAUCCAGACCUCACCCUCCCCGGGAAUACAAGUGCGUCAUGUAUACACACCAUCCACCACCAAACAUUUCUCCCCCAUCAAACAGUCCACCACACUCACCAACAAACACCGUGGCAACGAGGUUUCUUCUACACCUCUUUUGGUGCAUUCGCUGUCCAUUCAUCAGCUAGCGGCCCAAGGAGAAAUGGUAUUUCUGGCCAGCAGGAUUGAACAAGAGACUGUGAUCAAUCUCCAAGAUGAGGAAGGCUUCACCCCCCUGAUGUGGGCAGCUGCACAUGGACAAAUUGCCGUUGUCGAGUUCUUGCUCCAAAAUGGUGCUGACCCCAACCUCCUGGCCAAAGGGAGGGAAAGCGCUUUGUCCUUAGCCUGCAGUAAGGGAUACACUGAUAUUGUGAAGAUGCUUAUCGACUGUGGUGUUGAUGUCAAUGAAUACGACUGGAACGGAGGAGCCCCUCUACUGUACGCUGUCCACGGGAACCAUGUGCGCUGUGUCGAAAUCUUGCUAGAGAGCGGUGCUGAUCCAACCAUGGAGUCGGAUUCUGGAUUCAAUGCAAUGGACAUGGCUGUGGCUAUGGGCCAUCGGAAUGUUCAACAGGUAAUGGAAGCACACUUGUUGAAGUUACUGAUGGGAAUUAGAGAAUAAACUGUGGCACUUCCCACUGGAGACACUGCUGCGUUCUGGACGGUCAUGUAGCACGGCCCGGCUGUUCGGCCACAGGAAGAUUUUGUUCCAGUGAGUGAUAAUUCAGCAUCAUAACAUCCUCAGUGCAUAUCAACAUUUUCUGAAGGUUUGUACCAUAAGAAUUUUUCUUUCUGUCUGUCAAGUCUGUCAAGAUAACACUGACAGACUGCAAGUCAGAAGGAGCAAAUUGAUAAAGCUCAGCUCAGCGUGCACUGCACUCCACCCGUAAUAUACCGCCAAAUGUGCAGUGCAGGCUUGAUUAUUGCUUUAACAAGGAAAUCUUGUUUCAACUCUACCGUUUUUCAGAUUACAUACCAACCAUGAACUGUUACUCUUUUCCCGUCAUUGUGUGUUUUUUUAAAAUGACUUAAUCCGUUUUUAAGAGCAAAAUAAUUUUAAUGAAAGACAAUGAAUUGCUUCAUCGUCAUACUGUCUGAGCUUCAUAGAGAGCACAUUUCUGAGGCUCAUUUUACUCCUCUGAAGAAGAUGACGGUGGGUAGAUUAAACAUCUGUUGGUACAGACUGUGUGCUGUUGUUUGAAUGAAGAGCUUUAUGUUGGUUGUACUGUUUAUUUAUUUGAAUUAUUUAGACAAGUGUUUUGUAAUGUGAUAAUGUUCAUACUGAUGUAACCAUUUUGUUUCUCUGUAUAGUGAUGUAUGUUAUAGUCCAGAUGUGUUGUUGCUUUUAAAAGACCUCACACGUCAUCUAAAUGUCCCACAAAAUCAUUGUGGUGCUGUUUGCCACUGUACGGCAACGCUUGUGUUGUAUAUGUCCGAAUAAGCAGUGUAUCAUGAAAUAACCUGUAUUGACCUCAGUAUCCCUCAUCAUUCUGUACAGAUAUUUAAAGGUCAAACCAUUGUUUAUGGUCACUGAAACGAAGCCGCUAUUUAAUUAAAAGAUCUUUUUAAACUGCAUACAACAGAGUCACAGUCGUGGGGAGAAUAAACACCUAUUUAGCAGCUUUUAGGGUGCUGUAGGGCAGGAGACCAGUCUGUAUCACUGCAUGUAAAACUAGAGGUUCACACAGUGAGCUGAGAACCUUCUUACACAGCAAAGGAGAAUAGUUUGUCUCACUGAUCACUGAAGAACUUAAUGGAAAAACAAAGGUGUUAAGACUAAGAAAUACAGGGUUAUUCAAAAAGAAUGAACCGAUUUCAUUACGCAUUGCUUCAGUUCUCAAGCAUCGUCAUGGAAUGAGUCAGUGACCAUUUGAAAGAGAAGUUAUCUAAGCUGCCUAAGGCACUAACCUCGAUGACCUUAAACAUCGAAUAACAACAGCGAUCAACUCAGUGGAUCGUGAUAUGCCAAUACGCGCCUGAAAGGAAUUCUCGUAUCGUAUUGAUGUUGCCCGUGCUGCAGGUGGUGGCCACAUUGAACACUUUUAUUAAGACAGGAAAUAAAAAUUGACUGUGAGUAGAAUACUUGUGACUUGGCUGGAGUUUUGUAUUACUUUUCCUUAAUAAAAUAUUGCCUAAUGAAAGCGGUUCAUUCUUGUUUGAAUAACCCUGCAUUCAUAGAUUUAGCCAAAUAAUCAUGAAAUAGUGCAAUAGAAGAAACAACAUUUCAUCCUACUCUUCACAGUAAUAGUGUGUUUCAUGUUUUAUUUCUACAUGACUACAGCAGUUUGCAUUUUAAAAUGUCACUUUUCCAGCCUCUGAAAACUGAAACAGCAGCCAGUCGCUGAACCAACUCGGUCCUGUUUGUGUUGAAUGACAAAAGGUGUUGUGAUGAAAAGCAGUAUUAUAAAAAACGCUGGUAUGGGGCACCGAGGAAGACAUUUUCAAAUAAAAGCUGCGGAAAUUCAUUUUUUAAAAUGACUUGCAAUAAACAUUAUGAAAAGCAUGGUAUUUAUCAGUCAUUAAAGAUGUUCCAAUACACAGAUCGAGGAGGAAGAGAAGUAUGUCCAGCCUUGUAAGUCAUUCUGUGCUGUACUUAUUUCAUACUUAACACUUUGGGUUUCCAUGGUGCUCUAUUCACACCAUUAUAACAUGCCUGUGAACGCCCUCAGUAUACAGGUAGGGUCUAUACAAAACCAAAUCCUAGAGCUCAUGUUCAAGCUUGUUGAGAAGGGCAAGUAGUGAUUCAGCUGUAAAAAUUGUACUUUGGGGAAAAUGAAAACAGAAGUUUGGACUAUGUUCUGACAGUAGCAAAGGUUUAUUCCAGAUAUGGUGGAUUUAGUGAGGCCACACAGAAUGAAGGUUCAGUAUCAUGGAGGAAA